UAAAUGUCACAGGCGCUCUAUGUCCGUGUUUUAUUACAACCACACCGAAGAGGUCCAGUUUGUUUGUAUCUCAACAUAUAACGUUAAAGUCGUGUGCUUGCAGCUUAUAUUUCCUCACACCUUACAGUAAGUUUUGCCAGCAGAAAGCACCCAGAGAAUGGAAUCCCAUCCGCAUGCAUCCGGACCAGGCUUGCAGUUAACAAGUGGUUUUGGUGGAGUAUCUAGACCCAUCAAAACCUUUCAUCUUCGAGACAUCUACAGCCCCAAACCACCACCACAAAGGACCCCUGUGGCAAUACGGCCGCCCAGCCCUAAACCGGUUUCCCCCCAGGAGCCCGUCGUCCGGCGGCGGAGGCAGUCGUGCGAGCCAGAGCCAAAACCCAUCAUGAGGAGACGGGCUAAAUCCCUCUCGUCCUCCACGGAUAAGCGCGCCUGCAGGACCGCGCAGGUCCGCUUCGUAGAUUCGCUAGGGCUGGAGCUGGAAGAUGUGAAGUUCUUCAAGGCCAGCGAGGACCCAAUGGUGCCGGUCCACGUUAUCACAAGACUGCUGGCAAGCUCCGAGCUGGCUUCCAGGAAAAACCUGGCGCUCUCCCUACCCUACUUCCAGCCCUCUUUCCCUGUCAACAUGCUGGCCGAGGCUGGUUUCCUCGAGCGCUUGUGCCGGCAGCCAGUUUGCCUGGAGCAGGUGUUUUGCUCUGAGCUGGGAAUCAUCGGAACCGUGCGAGUGCUGAACUUGGCCUACGAGAAAGAGGUCGCGGUGCGGUACUCGUUUACGGACUGGAGGAGCAGCGCGGAGAGCAAAGCGUGCUGGAUCUCCACCGUCCACAGAGAUGGGCCGCGUCCAGAAUCAGACGUGUUUCGUUUUCACCUGCCUGUGCCGCCGUUCAUCUUGCAGCCGGGUGCCAUGCUGCAGUUUGCCAUCUGCUACAGGGUCUGCGGGUUCGAGUACUGGGACAACAAUGAGGGAUGUAACUAUAAACUGACCUGCCAGACGUACAAACUCACGGUCCCCAGAGAGUGUGAAGAUAGCCUGGUUCAUUUCAUCUGACUACCCCCAUCCAGAUUUCUUCUUUUCUCGUUCAUAUUUCAUACUACAAUACAGCUGUUAUUGAUUCAUUUUUAAUAAAGCUAUCCAACGCGUAUCACCCAUGUGAUAAAUUGCCCUCUUACACCUAAAAUCUGCUUGUGCCAACAUUAACUGCAUCCAGAUGCUUUAGACUACUGGAUAUCUGUUACGGAUAUAUAUCCAGCAUCUGAACUGGGUUCAUGUCAGGACAAAACUUUCAUUUAGCUUUUAGAGUCCCAAGCUUUCACAGCACAGUACACGUAAAGAACCUUUAUAAUUCUACCUUUAUCCCAAGCAUAGAGCCAAGAGAAGAAGGAUUUUAAAUCAAACAAUCGAUCAAGAUAAGUUUUUGUUUACAUGAUGUAUGCGUAUGUAAUA